CCUCCCUGCGUGCGGAGCUGAACCACCUCCACGCCACAGCCAUCGAGCACCUGAAGCACAUUCACAUGAAGGAGAACGCGGCGGCGAAGCGAGAGCUGGACAAAGCCAGGGAGCAGAACCACAAAAAGGUAGCUUGGAUGGAACAAGAGCUCCUCGUUCGUGUCUCUGACCUGGAGGCGGAGAUGUGUUCCCGUAGCAACCGCAUCACCGACCUGGACCACGAGAUCCACGCCCUGAAUGAGACCAUCGACACUCUGACCAGAGAGCUGGAGCUGAAGGGCAAAGAGGUUCUGCGGGUCCGCAGCGAAGCCAACCACCAGAUAAGAGCCCAUGAGCAGGACCUGACAAAGAGACACGAGAGGGACCUGGGGGAGCUGAACGUGGCUCAUCAACGAGAAACGCAGAUCCUCCUGGCAGACUUCAACAAGGCCCAGGAGGUUCUGAAGGACAAGAUCUCCGCUCUGCAGAUACUGCUGGAGGGGACGGAGGAGAAGUUGAGGAACAGAGAGAGCAGACCGGAGGACCUCCACCUCAUAGCGGAGCUCCGAGAAAUGGUCAGCGAACGAGAAGCUCUGGUCAAAAAGCUGGUGGACGAUAAGAAGUUCUACCAGCUGGAGCUGGUCAACAGAGAGACCAGCUUCAACAAGGUUUUCAACUCCAGUGCUAACGUUGGCGUCAUCAACCCUCUGAUCAAGCCCUUCCCUUCCUGUCUUACCUGGGGGAGGACUGAGCUGCAGACCGUCUCCCACAGGCUCAGCUGGGUUCAUGGUUUCCAUGGUUUCCGGGUCACACGACCUGCUGCCCUCCAGUCUUGUCAUUGUCAUUGGAGGCCCCGAAUGAUGACAAAAUGACACAACA